AUGUGUGUGCGGAGGCUUGAUCAAGUAUUAAAAACAAAAGUUGAUGAAUUAUCAAAGAAAAAAGGUGAUAUUCAUUAUUCAGAAAUAAUAAAUCAAUUAACAUUUGAAAAACUAACUUUAAUGCAUGAAAUAGAAACUAUUCAACGAGAAGAACAAUCAUUAGAAAGUCAAAUAAAUAAUAAAAAUAAAGAAAUUCAAUUAGAACAAAAUAAAAUAAAUCAAUAUGAACAAGUUCUACAUAAAUUACAACAGGAAAAUUUGAUAUCUAAACACAAUAAAUUAUUGGCAACAGAUAGACUAUUAGAUUUAAUAACUGUACAACAAGAAUUAAGAGAUAAACAAAGUGAAAUACAAUUAAAAUAUGAUAUAAAUAUAAAUAAUUUGAAAGAAUAUAUGAAAUUACAAUCUAAAAAUGGUGAAGCUUAUGAUAAUAUAAUAAAUUUUUUAAAUAGAAAUAAAAAACAAAAAGAAAUAGCAGAUUUAGAAGAUCAAUUACAGAGAAUAAAAAAAAUUUAA